UCCAGUUAGUUUUAUAGGCUUUCACCGAAGUAAUAUACGCGUUGAAUGUCUGUGGUGUCGCACAGGUGCUGAUUUUUCAACACCACCACCUGGAUAUAGAUUCCUAAUCUAGGUUCCAGCUCUUUUGUGCGACUCUAUACCCCUAUAAUCGUUGUAAAUAUACAGAUCUAUUUGUCUGUAUAUCAUUGUAUGUUUUUGUUUUGACACAUUCGGUUAUCGUGUCGGUUCUGCGGUGACCCGCAUGGAAAAUACAAGGUUGAAUACAUGUUAUCCAUUAACUAGGAUGGAUUACAAUUGUUAAUAAAUUGGAUUGCUGUUUAUUGGUGGAUUAAAGUCACCUCUUAAGUGCCAAUUUUAUGUUAUGCCCGGGUAGAUGGUUUUUUGAGUGUUGUCUUACUCUAGGCGUAUUUAUGUUGCGCCGUCGCAUUCAACCGGCACUUUCUUUUCUGAAUUUCUAUUCUCAUCUAUUCGCCAUGGGUGCUCAUCUAAGCAGUCCGAAGACGGAUAAGGUCUCUUGCAACGGCGGCAACUUCUCCGCCCAUACUACGCGCUAUGGCGCCUCGUCAAUGCAGGGUUGGCGUGUAUCCAUGGAAGAUGCGCAUCUUGCAAUCCCAGAUUUGUACAGGGAGGGCGCAUCCCCCGAUAGCGUGAAAGACGGCAGUACCACACCGUCGCGUGGUGAUGGCCGAGACGCCAAUUUAAUAGGCGUUUACGGUGUUUUUGACGGUCAUGGUGGUAGCUGCGUCAGCAAAUGGGUAUCCGAGAAUUUUGCUGUACUGCUGAAAAGUGAAAUCGCACGUUAUAACGCGCUCCGUGAGAGUAACGGUGUCGAAUUGAAGAAUUUGGACACUAUUGAUGAGUCGCACGCUGUAGUUGCGGAAUCAUUGCAAUCUGCUUUCCUCAAGGUAGACGAAGAGCUACAGAAACCAGAUACUGAACAUGCAUUAUUAGCUAUAAACGAGCGCAAUCGUAGUGAAAACCCAAAUGAACCCAUACUCCAUCACGAUUCGUCUUUGUUCAAGGUACUACUCCCAGAAAGAAUGCCAAAUAGGCAACAAACGUUACGCUUAAUCGAACAGCAGACUCAAAGGUUGUUGCGCGAGCAGUUUAGCUUCCACCCCAAGAGUGGUACGGACCCCGACUACCUGGAGAUGUACAACGAGCCCGAGGGUCAUGCAGAGGCAAAACCGGAAGAUGAGGAUUCCAUGGAUGAUAGCGAUGCCAGCUACAACGUGGCGUCGAAGCGCCACGAGGCCGCGUACCCAGGCAGCUCGGAUUCUGAUAAUUUCACCGAGGACCCUGAUGCCGACCAUAUGGUAACACGCAGCGUCAACGAAGAUGAGUCAAUGACAUCAGGCGACUGCCAACCUGAGGAAGACUUUGAAGUGGAGGCGGAGCCCAUUAUGGACGGAGAAGGACCCAAUCCAGCCUAUGGAUGUGGUUCGACAUCAGUUGUCAUGGUGGUCCUCGGUGGAGAGACACCAGCUAUCCUAGUGGCCAAUGCAGGCGACUCCCGCGCGGUACUGUGCCGUGGAGGCCGUGCAGUGCCACUAUCCCAUGAUCACAAGCCGCACCUCCGCGAAGAGGGUGAACGUAUCCGAAGAGCCGGUGGGUCUGUAACCAACGGGAGGGUAGAUGGUAACCUUAACCUCAGCAGGUCGUUAGGUGACCUGACUUUCAAGCAGGAUCUAACGCUGCCACCCGCAGAACAGCGCAUAUCAGCAAUGCCCGAUGUGAGAAUAUGCCCAUUGACUGACCAGGAUGAGUUCGUUGUCCUGGCCUGCGACGGUAUUUGGGAUUGCAAGAGUAACCAGCAGGUUAUAGACUUUGUGCGCUCUCGCCUCGUGGACCACGAGCAGAAUGCCGAGGACUACCCAGACGGCAAAAAGCCAGAUGACAGUACCUUCCUGGCAAAGGUGUGCGAGGAACUUUGCGACGAGUGCUUAUCCAGUAACCCUAGCGAAAGCGAGGGUGUAGGAUGCGACAACAUGACGGUAAUAGUGGUCCAACUAAGCAAGGACUUCGUGAAAAAAGCCAACCAUGCGCCACGUGAAAUAACACUGUACGGCAAGCAAACUGAUACCUAUCUCUAACA